CUCGCAUCUCCGAGUCGCAUCAUCGAAACUCCCUUUUUCUUUGCUCUUUUCUCUCUCUCUCUCGUCCUCCAUCUCUCUCGCUUUCCAGUCCCCCAGUUGAACACACAAACACACACAUUCACAGCAACAUGAGCAGCGAAGACGCAGCAUCGUCGGCAGGCGGCGAAGGCGAAGGCGAGGAGCUCUCGUCCCAGCUCAAGGAAGGCCAGAAGAAGAACAGCGUCGUUGUCAAGGUUGGCAUGGUCGGCGACAGUCAAAUCGGCAAGACGAGCUUGAUGGUCAAGUACGUCGAGGGCACCUUCGACGAAGAUUACAUUCAGACGCUUGGUGUCAACUUUAUGGAAAAGACCAUUUGCAUUCGCAACACGGAAAUCACAUUCAGCAUCUGGGAUUUGGGAGGCCAACGCGAGUUCAUCAAUAUGCUCCCACUUGUGUGCAACGACGCCGUUGCCAUUCUGUUCAUGUUUGAUCUGUCGCGAAAGUCCACUUUGAACAGCGUGAAAGAGUGGUACCGACAGGCGCGCGGUUUCAACAAGAACGCCAUCUCAUUCCUAAUCGGCACAAAGUUUGACAUUUUCGCCCAAUCACCUAUUGAAGAGCAAGAGGAAGUGACUCGACAGGCCCGAAAAUACGCCAAGGCCAUGAAAGCUCCACUCAUCUUCUGCUCAACGUCGCACGCAAUCAACGUGCAGAAGAUCUUCAAGAUUGUGCUGAGCAAGGCAUUCGACCUCAAGUGCACAAUCCCACUGAUAGAAAACGUUGGCGAGCCCAUCAUUGAGUAUUAAAGAUGGAUUUGGACGAGCGCUGUUGCUUUCUCCUCGCUUCGGUUGACCCUGCAUUGCUCGCCUUUUCGUCUUUUGUUGCCCUGCACAAUCAAUUUCCCCAGCCCCGCUCUCCCAACCCAAACGAAUCUUAUUCUUGUAUCUGUGUAUGUCUCCUUCUAUGUGUGUGUAUCUUGCCCUGCAAUACAUAGUCUUUUCAUCAAA